AUGAGGUCAGGUACAAAUGUUGCGAAAGAAGCAGCGGAUGAUAAAGAUGAUAAGACAGUAAAAGUUUCUGCUAAUAGGGAGAGCAGUGCUCCAAUGGGAUCUUUAAAAGAAGAGGAAAGGAGAGGAGGGGAAGUGAAAUUAGAAGAAACAUUAGUUAAAAUGUUAGCGAAAUCAUCAGACGAAUAUAUAACGCAUACAUCUAGUAUAAAAAGAAAAGAAGAAUAUAAAGAUUAUGUGAUAGAGGAUGAAAUGUUUAAUUCGUUGUUAGAGAAGAAUAGAUCAAAUAAAGAAUUAAAGAAUGAUUUAAAAAGUGCGUUAAAAGAAAGAAUAAAUAAUAAUAUAAAAAAAACGCAAGAAACAGAUAAAAUAGAGACAAAUCAUGCAUCGGAUGUUGUGGAGGGAUUAGAAUCUUCUAUACCGAAGAGAACAGAGGUUACGGAGGUGACAGACGAAGUGGAGACAGGUGCAUUUAAAGAAAAAGAAAUUUUUUUAAAUAUACAUGUGGAAUUAGAUACAAAAGAGAUAGAUAAUGUAUCGGAGAAUAGUAGAAGUUUGGAAGGGGAGAGUUGUUUAAUGAGUGAUUUAAAUAAUGAGACAAUUAAAGCAAAAGAAAGCAAAACAAUUAUAGAAAAACCGAUUUUAGCAGAAAAAUCAUUAGAAGGAUCUACGGGGAAAACAAUACCCGAAGAGGGUACAUCGGGAGAGAAUCAGUCAUCUACGCUUUCAAAUGUUUCAACAGUUCCACAUAUUUUUGCUUUUAAAAAGCCUAAACUUAAAUCAGCAUCAAUUAAUCGAAAAUUUCUUAAUAAAGCGCCUAUUCCACCAACCACAAGUAUUCCUAAGAUUUCAGCAACACAAAUGGAAAAAAGUGGAGCAUUUUUUUCUCGACGUGGAUCAUUUUUACAAGCAUCGACAUCGACUACAAUUCAAACAAACCCGGGAAAACCUCGUCUAGCAACAAAAAUAUCAUCGCCAGCACCCUAUAGUCUUGGUGGACAUCAAGAAAGUGUAUCUAUAAAGUCAUUAGAUGGAAAAUCGAUAACAACAAAAACAUCAGGAUUUCUUAGUCAUAAUAGCGCACCAGUAUGGGGUAGGAAUAGAAAGCCGCCUGUUCGUGAAUAUACUGAUGAGGAAUUAUCCUCGAUGCAUGGAAUUCAUCUUGUACAUAGGCUUUCAGCAACAAGUGAUGAUGAUAAGGCAGGGAAAUGGGAUGAAAUGGAUGAUGACGAAACAGAUUGGAGCGAUACGAUCGAAUUUGCCGAUGGUACAAAAUUUACAUUACCUCAUGAAGAUCAUACAGCAUCAUCAAUGCCUGUAGAGUUGUCUAUAGAAUCAGAAGCUGUUAGCACAUCUACUUCACAUACAAAACCUACAGAGCCAACAGAAUUACCUGUAUGGACACCAUCAUUCAUGCAAACGAAAACAUCGGAGACAGUAGAAACAGAAACAACAUCCCAGGAGACAUGGGAUAAACAUAUUUCAAAAGAAGAACGAUUUGGCGAAGAACAUUAUGAUCGGUCUUGGAACUCACAACGACCAGUUGUGCCGCAAAUAUAUAAUGUUAAUACAGGAAAGUUUGAUAUAGUAGAUGAUUCGACAAAAAAUGGAAGAAGAGCUGGAAGAAGGGCAAGUACAGAUAGUAAGACAAGAAUAGGACACAAUAUAUCAUUCCUAUCUCGUCAUCGAGCAUCCACUCAAUUAAGAAAGGAAGAAACAAUGGAAACAUGCGAGCAAAAACCAUAUAAACCCAUUUCUAUUAUUGGCAAUGAAUCAAGGAAAAAAUCGCUAACCUUAUCAGAAGAUUCGGAUUCAUCGUCUCGAAAUUUACCUCAACAUUCAGCUCCAACAACUGGAUUAACGAGCACAACCAAACCAGCUUUAUCUCAAUCUACACAGCCUUUUGAUCCUAUGAUUGAAAAUAUUGAAGCCUUUCAAAGAGCAAUUAUGAUUGAAGCAAAAGAAAAAGCACGUCUUAGGCGUGAAGAAGAAGAGAUGGAACGUAAAAUGCAACAGGAACGUGCAAGAAAGAAAGCAGAAGAAUUAGCAAAACUUGCACAAAAACCGAAACUUCCAGAAACAGUACCAUCUAAAGAAAACGACGCAUCUAUAGCUGCUUCAGUUUCAUCUCAACAAGAAUCCUUUACUUCAGAACAAAGUGAUUUAAAAACAGUUAAUAAAUUGCUAGAAAGAAAAAAAGAUUUAUCUAAUUCAUCUCAUUCACAUACAAAAACAGCUAUUAUACAAACACAUAAAAGUAUAACUAGGCCGAAUAAACCUGAAAUGAACAUACAUGAAUCAUGUUUUUCAGAAACAAAUGUAGAUAAUACGCCAGAAACAAUGUUAAAAAAAAAGCCUUCAACUAUUUCUUUAGAACAGUUAUCACACAGUGAAAAAAAUGGAAAAUCAGCAGAAGCGAAUAAACAAGCACAUAUAGAUUCAAAGCAAAAAUGCUUGAAAUCAUCGCACACAUCUAAUCAAUCUAAUAUUAAUGAUAACUGGAGAAAAGAGCGUACAAAUAUUUCCGAAAAAAAAUCAGAUAAAGCAUGCAUCUCUCUAGAUACAUCAGCAUUAGAGGAAUCUUUGGAUUCAUUUAGUACGCCUUUUUGUACUUCGGAAAAGAAAAAGUCAGCUCCAUUAACAGCGAACAAAAGUUCAAACAAAUCUAGCCCAUCUCAUUCACGGACAUCAUCACGGUUUUUCCCUACAGCGGCCCAAACUGAAACAGUUCAAUCGAACAACGAUUCUAAAACGAAAAAAACUGAUUCACCAACUUCUGAAUAUUUUGAAAAGCAAAAUAUACUGUCAUCAAAAGAAUUAUCAAAUACUACGGACUAUUUAAUUCACACAAAUCGUUCCAAUGCCAAAUCUUAUGCUUCACAAAAUACACGAACAUCACAGACAGCGUCAACACACUCUUUAAAACGUUCGUCUAAUACAAAAGCAGCAUCCGCAACAUCAACAAUCGCAUCGACAUUACCUUCAGUACCAGUGAUUCAUCCUGAGACAAAUAGUUCGCAUUCUACACGCCAUUCAACACGGCCAUCAACGAGAUCUUUUGAUGAUGUAAUGGAACAAUUAGCCAGAGCAGGAAAUUUCGCGCAAAAUAAUGAAAAAUUUGCAUCAUAUCUUUCUAACUCUAAAACACCAAAAGAUCAUGUAGAAGAUGGUCUUUCAGUAACCACAAUUUCACCUUUAGAAUUUGAAAAUUAUCCAAAAAGCGCAAUCAACGUUUCAUUGCAUUCUUUAAAUCAUUCUAAUGAAUCAUUUAAUAUGUCAUGUCUUUCCAUUAUUGAUGAAAACGAUACAAAACCUUUUGUCAACCUUCCUGCAUCAUCUUAUGUUUAUACAGAACAUCAAUCUGUAAAACGACCGAAAUAUUUUGAACCAUCGCAACAUACCAUAGAUUUUACGCUAUAUGAUGAACAAGAAAUCGACACUCUUCGAUUAUAUUUGCCCGAAACAAGUCCAAGAAAUAUAAAAAUAAAACCAUCUAGCACUUUUUUAUACAAAAAACUUCAGAAAACCAAGCAAGUAUCUAUCUAUAACUCAUAA